AUGAAGAUCCUCAUCAGCGGCGCCGGUAUCACAGGCAACGCCCUUGCCUUCUGGCUCUCAAAGCUAGGCCACGCGGUCACCAUCAUCGAGCGAUUCCCCGAGCUUCGAGUCUCAGGCCUCCAAGUCGACCUCCGCAGCCACGGUGUCGCGGUCAUGAAGCGGAUGGGUCUCGAGGAGGCAUUUCGUGCGCAUUCGAUUCCAGAACAAGGCAUGCAAAUGGUCGACAAAAAGGGCCGACGACGCGCGUACUUUCCCGCUAGCAACUCCUCGAACGUCAAACUUGGAUUCAGCUCCGACUUUGAGAUUAUGAGGGGGGAUUUGUGUCAGAUUAUAUACGAUGUCGCCAAGGCGCGGGCAAGCUAUGUUUUUGGGACGUCGAUUGCGAGCUUCGAGCAGAAAAGUGAUGUUGUUGAUGUGAGGUUUGUGGAUGGCACGUCGAACCAGUUUGAUCUGGUUGUUGGUGCGGAUGGCCUUGGAUCGCGUACUCGAAAAUUGAUGCUUGGAGAUGAGGCUGCCGAUGCAUUCCGACCACUCAAUGGAAUGUAUGUUGGGUACUUCACCUUCCCAAAGCCCAUUGAAGAUGACGAGGAAUAUGUCGCUACAAACUAUAUGGCGACUGGGAAGCGAGGCAUCAUGGUUCGAAGACACAAUGCGCGCGAGGUCCAGGCCUAUGUUGGUGGACAAACCAACUCCGAACGGCUCAAGAAGGCAUUGGCAGGAAGUGUCACGGAGCAAAAGGGGGCAUUAACUGAGAUGCUGCAAGGCGCCGGAUGGAAGGCUGAUGAAAUUUUGGAGUCGCUCAAGGGUUCCGACAAUUUUUACUGCGAGCGAAUGGGCCAGGUUAGAUUGGAGCAUUGGUCUCGUGGUCGUGUUACACUUGUUGGAGAUGCUGCCUACUGUCCAACAGCAAUGACGGGAAUGGGUACCACUUCUGGUAUUGUCGGGGCUUACAUCUUGGCUGGCGAGAUUGGGAGGCACUGCAGGAAUUCUUCGUCUUCGCAUUCUAAGGAAACACAAGGUACACCUGACCAACUGCUGGGGGCCCUGGAAGCCUACGAACAGAAGUUCCAGCCUUUUAUGAGUCAGGUUCAAAAAGGAGUAUCUUUUGAGAAUGGCGGCAUUUGGGAGAGAGUCUCGGCAACAGCAUUUGGAAUCGCUGUCAUGAACCAUCUGAUGGGGGUGGCCUCUUUCUUGAGGUUGGAUCUUUUGAGCCGGUUUCAAUCCGAUGUCGUCACAAACUGGGAACUGCCAGUAUACGAGGAGCUGCUACGUGACUAG